AUGUCCAUUCCCGUCAUAUCCCUCACGGGACGCCGCGACGUUGUCGUCGCCUCCCUCCGCGAUGCGUGCCUUCGCUACGGCUUCGCUCAACUUACCGACUCCUCGAUCACUCCCGCACUCACGUCUGACGUUUUCACGGUGGCCAAACGCUUCUUCUCCCUCCCCCUCGCGACGAAGAACGCCCUGUCCAAGCUCUCCCACUACAGCGCCGGCUACGACUCGUACAAGAAGUACACCCUCGAGAUCGGCGGCGUCUACCCGGACCUUAACGAGGGCUUCGUGAUCGGCAAGCUCAACAGCGAGGGGAGUUGCUGGCCCGACACGGAUCAGCAUCCGGAGCUAGCGGACUUCCGCAGUACCUGCGAGGCAUUCCAGGAGGCACUGCACGGUGUCGUCAAGGAGGUGGCGGAGAUCAUCGCCGAAGGACUGGGACUGCCCAGCGGCCACUUCGACGAGUUUUUUGUCGACGAAAACGGCAACGCGAGGUUGACGCACUACAUCUGUCCCGACGACGCCGAAGACGACGAGGGAAGUCUUGGAUGCGGCGAGCAUACGGACUGGGGCUUGCUCACACUGCUGGUGCAGGAUGAGGUGGGUGGAUUGCAGGUUCAGGAUGUGCAGACGGGUGAGUGGCUGGAUGUCACGCCGAUGCCAGGCGCGCUGGUGUUCAAUGCGGGUGAUAUGCUGGCUAGGUUUACCAAUGGCGUGUAUGUUUCUGCGAAACAUAGGGUUAUCCGUCUGCCGAAGGGGGUGGAACGCUACUCGAUCCCGUUUUUCUCCGUCGGGGCGGACUACUAUUUUGUUGAUGUGCUCCCGUUAGGAAGUGACUGGGUGGAGUGGGUGCGGGAGAAGAAGGGGGAUCCACCUACGGAGGACAGACUAUUCCAGCCAAUCUUAGCAGGCGAGUAUCUUGCGUUGAAGUUCCAUGAGGUGAGGGAUGCGAAAGCUGAGGGUGAAGUGGGUGCUUGA